AUGAAGAAAUACAAGCAAGCAAUAUCACAACAGCAAGUACCACCAGAGCAUCUCCAAAUUCUCAAACCACAGGGUUUCCGGAGCAAAUCACUAGAAAAAGAAAGGACGGAGCAGAAAGCAAUGGAACCAGCCGUUCGACAUGCACAGGACAGCACCCAGAAAGAAAUAGUCACCAAAGAGAUACUGUCGCUGAACACAUACAGCGAAGCAAAGGAAAAGUACCAGCAAGCAGUAUCCAAGCAGCUUGCUACAUCGCAUCCUUCACUAACUGCUUCGACUGGUACGACCUUCCGAAGCAGAACUUUGGAACGAGAAGAAGCAACAACGAUGCCAACUGCAGUACGCGUACGCGAAAGCAUCCAGAAAAAAGAUGCGCCUGCUAAAGAGCUUCUCUCGCUCAACACUUACAAUGAAGCAAUGGAGAAGUAUCAGCUUGCUGUAUCCAAACAGUACGCGCCUACACAAGUGUCUUCCAAAGAUUUUACCUUCCGAAGCAAAGCACUGAAACGUGCAAGCACUGACGAUGAAGUAUCCGUUACACAAGAAAGCAUCCAGGAAGAAGAUGCGCCUGCCAAAGAACGAUUGUCACUGAACACUUACAAUGUAGCACUUGAAAGUUACAAGAAUGCGAUUGCCGCGGAGGAGGAGGCGAACAAACCACGUACAAUUGCCCGCCACACUGAAUCAUCUCAUCUCCAUCAUCAUUCCUGGGAGUCAGUGGAUGCCAGCAAAUCUGCACAUCAUGGAAAAUAUGCAACAGCGAAUGAACAGCAACAGAUUGAAAAAGCUUUCCAGCAGCAACAUCACGAACAGGAACAAAAACAUCGAAGUGUUUCCGAAGGACGCCAACCAGCUGCUGUAGUUAUACCUCCGAUCUUUUCACAAAACGUCUCCGAUUCCAGCCCCGCUAGCACUACCACUACUACGACUACCUACAAAACUGGUACCAGUUAG